CCUCACUUUCCUCACCUUUUACUAGUACCUCAUGUCUGCCAUGGCCUCACUUUCCUCACCUUUUACUAGUACCUCAUGUCUGCCAUGGCCUCACUUUCCUCACCUUUUACUAGUACCUCAUGUCUGCCAUGGCCUCACUUUCCUCACCUUUCACUAGUACCUCAUGUCUGCCAUGGCCUCACUUUCCUCACCUUUUACUAGUACCUCAUGUCUGCCAUGGCCUCACUUUCCUCACCUUUUACUAGUACCUCAUGUCUGCCAUGGCCUCACUUUCCUCACCUUUUACUAGUACCUCAUGUCUGCCAUGGCCUCACUUUCCUCACCUUUCACUAGUACCUCAUGUCUGCCAUGGCCUCAUUUUCCUCACCUUUCACUAGUACCUCAUGUCUGCCAUGGCCUCACUUUCCUCACCUUUUACUAGUACCUCAUGUCUGCCAUGGCCUCACUUUCCUCACCUUUUACUAGUACCUCAUGUCUGCCAUGGCCUCACUUUCCUCACCUUUUAGAAAUUCUUCAUGUGCAGCAUGGCCUCAAUUUUCUCUUGUUUCACUGAGACCUCAUGUCUGGCAUGGCCUAUUUGCCUCACCUUUCAUUUAGAUUUUGUUCUCCCUCUUUACAAACCCUGCAUUGACUACCACUCUUCCCUGGAAUUACCUUUUUAAAUGAUGUAUUCUCAGCUUUAAGUCACACUAACACAGCCCCCUCUACAUUUCUGAUGUUCUUUUCAGUUACACUCUCUCAGAAAUCUCUGCUUCAGAUGCGUUUCCUCUCAUAAACUUUUUUCACUAAAAUAUUCAACACCAAUCACGUGCUGCCCUGCAUUCCUGAAGCUCUUUCUUUGUGUUUAAGACUCUACAAACAUAAGUCUUUAAAGAGAACCUAAAUACCUGUCUCUUCAGGACAGCAUAUGGACAAAGGAAAAAUAACAAUAAAUAAAAGAAACCUGUUUAAUCUAGUCCUGAUACUAUUAUCUUUGUUUCUUCCAACCUUCCUUAUUAAACAAAAUAUGCUCCCUGUAUAUAAUCCAGUUUGUUUCUCUUCUUACUUAUUGUGGAGAUAAGUUUCUUUAAAUUGUAAGCUCUUUUUCCACCUAUACACUCUUGGUUAUUUAGUAUUUGUGUACUAGUAAGAUAUGACUUGUUUCUUCCACGACAAAACUCCACCCCUCCUGCAUAUGGUCCUUGUCCUGUUGACUUCCUUUCUGUUUCUGCUAGUUUGGUCUGAGGUAAGGUAGGAGCCAUAGCUGCUGCAACUGAAGAGUUUUUUUUUGUUGUACUGUCGACCUCUCUCAGUACAUCAUGCAAAAGUCUAGCCAACCCCUGACCUCGGUCAGGCCUGCCUGUAAUCUGUUGGUGGCCUUGUCAUGUAUCCCUAAAACAUGCAAGAACAUUGCCUGGAGAUUCCCUUUAAAUUUAAAAGGGCUGUGGAAUUGCAGUUAGGGGUCCGCUACAGUAUAUUGUUACCCAGUUUUCAGCACAGCAGGCAAGGGAGAAUUCAAGUGCAUGAUCCAUAGUUUAAUUGAUCUUGUCUCCUCGGUACAGUUCUAUUUCAGCUGCAACUUCUUCUACCGAUAAGCGCAUAUGAUCUUUUAUUAUUUAUUUAUUAUUGAAGCUGUCUCUUGAGUAGAUCCCUCGUUAUCCUUGUGUGUGUCUGCUUUUUCUUUAUUUCUACAUAAUUGUAUUGUGAUAAUAUAUAAUGAAAACUAUAUGAACUUCCACCGUUCAGUGCUGGGAAACCGGUUGACAUUUCAUAAAUAAGUGAGAUGGUUGUAAUAAUAUAAAUCAUUUUGAUUAUGUUCAAUAUGUAUGUGCAUACCUUUUUUUGUGUGGCUAGGUUACAUCAUUAUAAUAAGCAUCACACUGGCUCCCAAAUAUUCUUCCCGAUUCCUUAUUUCUGCCUUUUUUUUUUGUGUGUAUGCAUAUAUUAUUGCUCAUUUAUUUGUCAGAUAGAACUGUGCAUUACUUGGGCUAUCCUAAUAGGUUAAGUAAACAGGGCAAUGUUUAGGUUAAUUGUUACUGGUGCUUGGACUCCCCAUUACUGAUUCAUCUGGGAGCCUGGCCAAAGAGCAGAUGGAAGAGGAAAACGUCAUCACCUUCCUUCUUAUUGUGUCUCGCUUUCUCUUCUUCUCUCUGUCUCUUUCUUUUGGCUGAGUAAAUAGGCCAGAUGGCAGUGAGUGGAACAGACAACGAGUGAGCUCUGGCAUAUGGGCAGCCUGUUUAAUUUUGAUCCCUGCUGGGAAGUGGAUUGGAAGAGGUACAUGAAAAAAUUCAGAAACAUCCCGGUCUACGUUAUGACACCGGCAACGCACCGGACAUCACCAAUGAUACCUUAAAACCAAAGCACCAGCAGAAAAAUAGCCAGCUGAAUCUUGACUGGCUAUCAAGUUCAGAUAGUGGAACAAUGACACAAAGCAGCUUUUCAGAUGCAGAGCCCAGCAAAGAUGUCACCAAGAGCCCAACUCCAGAGAUUGUUUCCCCAUUUCUGAAGUCUCAAUCAAAAAAAUUGAAUGUGGGUGGCCCCUGGACUCAGCUGUCAAAUACUAAGGAGGUGACAUCAUGCAAUGGGGUACCAUCUCCUAGUAAUACUCCCGUUACACCUAGCAUCCUUACUAAUAAUAGCGAAGCGGAAGGGCUCACACCUUUAGAUGAUCGAAAGACUGGUCAGGCAGAGCCCCCAGAGCCAUCUGCUGGCAAUGCGAAAAAAAAGUGUGUCAGAAAAGACUUAAGUCAACCAACACAGUUGUCGGAGCUUGAAUGGGGCAAAUCAAAUACAAAAGCACUUGAACCCAAAACUCAUGAGACUGUAGAAAAUAUAAAAAAUAGUCUUGCUGCAAACGAUGUUUUACCAGCACAACAAAAAUGCCAGGAUGUAUCUUCUGUUAAUGAUUGUGAAAAUGACCCAAGCCAUGUGCGAUUAACUGUUCCAGUAAAAUCUUCAACUGUAGAACCACCUGCCAAUAAAAGGAAGAAAAGACCGGCUUUAAAAAGUACUAUGGAAAGGAAGUCGCAAGAAGACCAGCUUUCAGGAAGACUGUCAAUAAAUGAAAUAAGAAACCAAAUUAUUUCUCAACCCCAAGGAAACAAAAAAGAAAACAGAGUCAUUAAGCAGGGUAAAGCUAUUGGCAAUGAAUUUCUAUCAAAGUUAACUGAUAUCAGGGGUAUUGGGGGGGAAAUGUUCAUAAACAAUGUAACCCAUCUUCAAAAAUCAAUGGUUUUACCAAAUUCAAAAGCCAUUUUAGAAACCCUUAAAUCAAAAGCAAAUUUGCAACACCCCAAACUUAUAGCUAAAAGAAGAUGGACAGCAGGUAAACCCAAAAUAAAUCCGUCUCAUGAAAGUUCAGUUUCAUUGAUGGAUAAAAUAGUUGUUGAGCCUCCCUCAGCCUACCCUAUAACUCCAUCAAGCCCACUGUACACCAAUACAGAUAGCCUUACCGUAAUUACACCAGUGAAGAAGAAAAGGGGUAGACCAAAGAAACAGCCUUUGCUCACUGUUGAGACAAUCCAUGAGGGGACCUCUACUAGUCCAGUUAGCCCAAUAAACAGGGAGUUCUCUGGUGUAAAGAAGAGAAAAGGAAGGCACUGUCAUUCUGACCUGGUCCAAAUAGCACCAGUUAUAGACAAGUCAAUUGGGGAGUUAGAAUUUCACAGAAAAGUGGGAAAGCUUGGAAUGCUAGAUAAGAAAACUAUAAAAACCAUCAACAAGAUGAAAACUUUAAAAAGGAAAAAUAUUCUAAACCAAAUUUUAUCUUGCUCAAGUAGCAUAGCCUUGAAAUCAAAAGCUCAGCCACAGUCAAAUGCAAUAGCAACUGUAGCCACAACUCUAGAUGCUAGAUUAGGCAAACAGAUUAAUGUUAGUAAGAGGGGGACAAUCUAUAUUGGAAAGAAAAGGGGGAGAAAGCCAAGAAUAGAGCAGACUCCCCAACAUAAUGAUAAUAGAACAGCCAUUAAACAGCCAAGGCCCAUUUCUAGCCAGCCUGAAAACCCAGCAGUGCCUUCCAACUUGCAGUCACUUGUGGCAUCUUCACCAGCAGCUAUUCACACGCUUACAACACAGUUAUUAAGUUCUAAUGGAAAUCUUAGUCCUGCCAGCACUGAUACAAUAUUUUCAGAUUUAAAAACUAUGCCAAAUCUUCAACCAAUCAGUGCUCUUCCAACAAAAACUCAGAAAGGAUUACAUGGCACUACUUGGAAGUUGUCUCCCCCAAGGUUAUUGGCUCACUCACCUUCUCAUUUGUGUGAUAUAGGCUCCCUAAAGGAAGUCACACUCUCACCAGUAAGUGAGUCUCAUAGUGAGGAGACCAUACCAAGUGAUAGUGGAAUUGGUACAGACAACAAUAGCACUUCUGAUCAAGCAGAGAAAAGCUCAGAAUCACGUAGGAGGUACUCAUUUGAUUUUUGUACUUUGGACAAUCCAGAGGCUACACCAUCUGACACCAGCACAAAGAGCAAGCAUAGUCACAGGCAGAAACAUCUUCUAGUUGAUAACUUUCUUGUUCAUGAAAGUGUUAAAAAGCCAAAGCACAAGAGGAGGCGGAAAAGUCUACAGAACAGGGACAAUCUGCAGUUCCUUGCAGAUCUUGAGGAACUUAUCAAUAAAUUUCAAGUGUUCAGAAUUUCUCAUAGAAGCUAUUCAUACUACCAUGAAAAUCCUUAUCCGAGUAUUUUCAGGAUUAAUUUUGAUCACUACUACCCUGUGCCAUAUAUCCAGUACGAUCCAUUGCUCUACCUUCGCAGGACCUCUGACAUGAAAUCCAAGAAAAAGCGUGGUAGACCUGCCAAAACCAAUGACACCAUGACAAAGGUGCCUUUUUUACAAGGGUAUGGAUACCCUAUUCCCAGUGGAAGUUACUAUGCACCAUAUGGAAUGCCUUACACAUCAAUGCCUAUGAUGAACCUUGGUUAUUAUGGUCAGUAUCCAGCUCCGUUGUAUCUGUCUCACACACUUGGAGCAACCUCUCCAUUUAUGAGACCUUCUGUACCACCACCGCAGUUUCACACCAGCUCUCAUAUGAAGAUGUCUGCAGCAGCCAAGCAUAAAACAAAGCAUGGUAUGCAUCUACAAUCUUCAAUUGGAAUGAGUCUAGGAGACAUUCAGUCUCCUUUGGCUCCUUCGAAAACUGGAGGAGUCGGGCUUCCAAGCAGCCGACUUCACAAAAGGAAACACAAACAUAAGCACAAGCAUAAGGAUGAUCGUAUCUUAGGUACACACAGUGAUUUUGGUGGUCUUUUUUCGGGCAAGUCUACUAGCUUUUCAGGGCAUGUAACAAAUGAAAAGCUGACCCCUUUGGGCAAAGACCUUUCCUCUGUAAAUGACAAAAAUAAACAUAAAGAGAAACAGAAGCACCAGCAUUGUGAACCUGGACAGAGAGGUUCAAAAAGUAAUUUUGAGGUGGAUUCACUUUCAUCUUUGUCCCUUUCUGAUGCUCAGCACUGGACACAAUCAAAAGAUAGAACUGAAUUAAGCAAUGAAGCUGUUGAUAGCUGCAUAAAAAGGUACUCUGGAAAUAAUGAUUGUAAUGCAAGGACAGAUUCCUCUGACUUAUUUGUUGAAAAGAAUUCAUCAUCUGAAAGGAGGGAUAGUGACAUAAGUGGAAAUAAAAGACGAAGCUUUGAAGGCUUCGGAUCCUACAGAGAAAAGGAUAUUCAGUCUUUUAGAAUGAACAAGAAAGACCGAAGUCCUUUUGAUGCCGGGACAACAGGUAUAUCAAAUGCUCAUCUAAAAGCGGACCAAAUGGCUCUGCAUAAUAAAAAUGAGAACACAUCUCCCAACAACUUGACCAAAAGAAAACCAGCAGCCGAAGCUUUGGCCCUGGCUACAAAUCCUCUGCUAAACUUCUUCUCUUCCGCAGAAUCAGCAAAUGCUUCACUUCGGAAGAGAUUUAAGCGCUGUGAGAUUGAAGCCAUCCAGUGUGAAGUACGGAAAAUGUGCAACUACAAUAAAAUUUUAUCCACCAAAAAAAACAUGGAUCAUGUGAACAAAAUUCUUAAGGCCAAGAGAUUACAGAGACAAGCAAAAACCGGCAAUAACUUUGUGAAAAAGAAGAGAGGUCGUCCCAGAAAGCAGCCAGUCCUAUUUGAUGAAGACUCUACAGACCAAAUGCCUGUUUUGGAAAAAUGUGUUGAUCUUCCCAACAAGCGAGGACAGAAGUCUGUUUUUAACGUUGUAGAGAUGGAGGCCAGUGUGGACGCUGUCAUGGAUACUAUUGAAUCCGUAAUACACAUGGCAAGAGAAUCUCAGUCUUCUCGUGCUGCAAGGAGUACGAAAACUAAACUCAGCGACGAAGAGGAGAUAAAGACAAAACGGCACAGAAAAACAAGGAGAGGGGACUCAGAAAAUACUCCAUAAGAACAUUAUAACUUAAGUUAAUAAACAUAUCAGGUCUGAUAACUGAUGUAAAAUGUAAACAUGGCUGCAGCACCGGACUUGCAAAUUAUCGUUGUAAUAGAAUAAGUAGCUAUUUUGCAAUGUGGUUGACAUGAAACUUUUGGCACUAGGAAAUCAUCCGCUUAAUAUAUCAUAAAGUACAGAACUACAAUGUGUUCACUAUUUAUGAGAACAUUAUCUAUAUGCAGCGUCAUUAUUUUUUUUCCCCCCAGUGGAGUGUGAAAAUGCAGAAUUUUGCAUUGCAAGACUUUAUGGAAUUAACCGUUCUUUUAAAAGGUUCAUAUAUAUAAUAGUUCUUUUUUUUUGUUAAUGCAAAGCCCAGUUAAACAUAUAAAUAAACAACAAAAAAAUCUUGAUUAUGUAAUAGAAUUGUGGAAAAUUCUAAAUUGAUAAAAUUAUCAACUUUGAUAUUUGGAUACUAUAUAUAUAUAUAUAUAUAUGUGUGUAUAUAUAUAUAUAUGUGUGUGUAUAUAUACACAUUUUAAGUCUUAAGCAAUUGGAUGAUUGGCAUUCAUUAGUGUAUAAAAGAUGCCAGUAAUAACAAAAACUGAUGCAUUAAUAUUCAUACAGCUAAUCUGUAUUUGUUUUAUGUUCUACAUAUCUGAGAAUCCGUAAAAAUGUAUCUAGAAAAAUAUAUAAAAAAAAACAAAAAAAACCCCAACAAACAAAUAAAAACGCAUUCGCUUUCUACCGGUUACCAAAAACUAUGUAGCAAAUGUCUUAGUGGGUUGUUUUAUCAUAUCUCAUCCUAGUAUUAAAUGGCAACUGUUUGUUAAAUAUGGAGCAAGUGUUCUUAUCUGACAAAAAAAAUGACUAAAGGGUUGCACCACUGCAGUUUGUAUUAUGCCACAAUGGAAGAUUAUCCAAAUUUGUGGUUGCCUUAAUAACGUGAUUUUCUUGUACAUAAUGUAACUAUGUUUUAAAAAAAAAAAAAAUCAGUCUGCAUGAAUGCAAACUGUGUGAUGGUCUUUUUUAUUGGUCAGUUCAAAUUUAACUUCUUUUUUUUUCUCAACAGUCAUUGGUUGUUCUUGGACAGAAUUCUAAACUCUUAAAAAAAAUUCUUAAAAACCCAAUCAACAGUUAAAACCACAUUCAAUAUUAAUAUGUAUUCUUAAUAGUAAUACUAAAUAUUAAUAGAAAUUAAAAGUAUACUUUAUCAGCAUUAGGGUGCAAUAAAACAGUACAGAUAUGUUUCCCAGAAAUUCAUUGUGUGAUCAUAUUAGUAGGUUUUUUUUUAUCGUUUAUCUUCCCAUUGACUAAUAGAAUAAAAUACUAUUUUAUUUGUAUCCGCCUUUAUAUAUCAACGCAGUUUGUGAUUUACCCGCAUCAAGUGUAAGUCCAGGAUAUCACAUAAUAAUCUUGUAUUAACUAAAUUAUAACCAGAUGUUAGCAACUGGCUUUUUGACUUACCUUUAUAUGUGUAUGUUUGAUAUGCAAUAACAGUGGUGGUGUCUUAAAGGGACAUGAAACCCCAUUUUAUUUCCCUUCACAAUUCGGAUAGAGAAUACAUUUUUUAACAACUUUCCAAUUUACUUCUAUUAUCUAAUUUGCUUAGUUUUCUUGGUAUGCUUUGUAGAAAAGCAUACACUGGGAGCCAGCUGCUGAUUGGUGGCUGCAUGUAUCUGCCUCUUGUUAUUGGCUUAGCUGAUGUGCUCAGCUAGUUCCUAGUAGAGCAGGGCGCUUAAAAUGUUUUAGAACUACAUUUCCCAUGAUACUCAGCCAGCCUAAAGUGUGUCUGAACAUCAUGAGAAUUAAGUAAAUUUGAUAAUUGAAGGAAAUUAGAAAGUUGUUUUAAAUUGUAUGUUUUGUCUGAAUUUUGGGUUUCAGGUCCCAGAAGAAGACAGUAAAUGCAAAAUAUAUAGUCCUAUAUGUUAUUUCAAAUAAUUAAAGCUUUCCAAAAUAAUUAUUGAUAUAAUAUUGGAACAUGUCAUUUAUAUUUAUAUAGGCAAUACUACUACAGUUAAAUGUUUUUUGUUCUGGUUAUUAUAAAACAAAGAAUAUACAGAGAUGGGAUUUUACAAAAGAUAUUGACAGUGCAAAUAUACAUUUUUGCUUAAGAGCAUUUUAAUUUUGACUACUAAAUAUCUUUAUUUAAAAUGGUGUUGGUUUAGGGAUAAAACAUACUUAUUCCUAGAGUUCCAAACCCACCCAGUUUUAUGCAGUGAAAUUUGAAAUGCUACAAACGUUUAAACAAACCUUUUGAUCAGCGUGUUUUUAGAAUUGACAUUUCAAUAUUCAAUUUAAUCAAAGUGGUGGUUCUAAUUUUCAUUAAUGGGACUGACUCACCAUUUAGAACUGUAAUUCUGUUAGAAAAGAAGGGCAUUGUUGUGCAGUCUAGGGACAUAUCCUUUGAAAUACAUCUUGAGUAUGUUUCUUAUUUUCUUUGUAGUGGCCAAUCAGAGCUCUGGCUCUAAUGAAGCAAAUUACUAUAGAAUUGCAGUAUUACUAUAGAAUACUGUAGAAUAUUGUGAGGUCAAAAUUUGUUAUCCUGCAUUCAAGCCUCUCUAGAAGUAAUAGGUGAGAAACUACCCCACAUUUUUUUAGAGUUAAUAUGUAGGGAAAGAAAUAAUGAAAGUACAUUGCAAAGUUUUUUUGGGGUUUUUUUACUACACAUAAUUCAACAAUUUAUAGAUAAUUAAUAUGUGUAUUUACUGUCCCUUUAAAACAAAAAUAGUGUCAUGCAGAUAUUUGAAAAUAAAGAUUUAAAAUUUUGUAAAACAAACUAAAAACAAUAAAUAUUUACAUUUAGAAAUCAUACCCCAUUUAACAAUUUCUGUUAAGCAUUUCAAAAGUAAAUUUAUACAUUUUAAAUUCCAUCGGUACAGGAAUAUUUUUUUUUCCUCAAUACUGUCAUGUCUUAAAUUAAAUCAAUAUACAUCUGUUCUUUGUAGACAUUGACUCUUUUUUCUUUGGGGCAGUUUCAAAGCCAUACAUUUUAUAUUUUAAGAAUAUUGUCCUGUGCACGAAACUUAGCAUAUUAAUUAGGAACUAAAUGGGUUUUUCACUAUUUUUAGUACUUUUCAUCAAUUAGAAAUGUAUUUUAGUAUGUAUUUGUAUGCAUGCAAAUUAGAACUUAUUUAUAUCUUUCUAAAGAAAAUGGAAUAAAAUAUAUUUUGGAGCUUGGUUUCCCACAAUUGAAAACAUAAAAAACAAAACAAAACCUGGUUUAUAUUCAUCUUGAAAUUACAAAAAGAAAAGAGAAAACAUUUAUGGCUAAAAUAUAGAAACAAACUGCAUCCAAAGUAAGUCUACAAAGUUCUUUCAUGCUUACAAGUUAAUUACAUUUAUACGUUUUUUAAGAUUUUUAAAACUAACAGGAAGUGAGUGUUUGUCUACAGCUGUUUCCUAGAGAUACACUAAUCACUGGCUUUUAAGCGCAAUUCUAACAGUUCGUUAUUCAAAAACAAAAAAAUUAACAAAUUAAAAAUUGACUUGAAUGUCUUCUUAAAUACCAAUCUCAGGUUCUAAAUAACAUCCAAGCCUUCAAAUAAUCCAUCAUUUAAUUUCCCUCUUUUUGUGCCCAUUGCCAUUUUGGGUAAUAUUUGCACUAGAAAAGCCCCAUAACUGUAAAUUCUUUUAAUAAAUGUGUCUUUUGCAAGUCCAUAUCUGCGCUGCUCAGAGGUGGGUUUUUACCUAAAGCAUUUUCAAACAGCUUGCUUCUUGGGUUGGAAUAUAUGCCGGUAACCAAUUAGACCAGGACAAUGAUUAGUAAAGUUGUAAAUAAGCAUGUUAAUAAUUUAAAAUAGGUUUAAACAGUGUUAUUGCAUUUAGAUGUUUGCUUAAUAGGAAUGAACAAAAAGUGUUUACAGGUUUGAGCAAGUCAAUGGCAGAUUUGUGUGGUCAUCUUCUUAAAGCCAACAACCUUCUUGCUUAGUAUGCCAAUAACAGACUCUGACAUUUUAAUAAAUAAAAACGAUUAGUAUUCAGUCCAGGACAUUUUUGCAGUGACUUAUUAUUCAUAUUCACCCCAUGGGUAUUUUGCUUUUCCAUAUAUUAUUUAAGAUCUCCCCUUGGCUGCAAAAAAAUUAUUUCAUCCUGUCAAUGACUACUUGAUAACACAGUGUGGUCUAUUAGGGAGAUGUAUUUACUGACCCAACUCAAAAGCACAUCAUAUCAUCCAUUAAUAUACCCCCCCCCCCAGCAAAAAUAUUGUUAUAUCUGAUUUACAUCUACACUACAAGAAAACAUAAAGUUAUAUAGAAAUGUGAGAGAGCUGCCAAUUACUCAACAUGGGAGUGCAUUUCAGUCCCAUGUUGAUUUGUUUUUUUAAGCUAUUUCUUAAGUAAUGCACAUUUAAUGUUAUAUAUGUAUAUAUUAAAAAAAAAAGAAUGGGGCACAAGAUUGUUUUACAAGUCGAGCUGGCUAAUUUUUAGUUUAUUCAUAAGUGGUUUCUAAAAUCCUUUUUUUAAAGUGUAUUUGCAUGUUCUAAUUUGAUUGUAUGUAAACCUAUUUUAGAUCAAAAAAAUGUAUUUGUAUUUUAUUGAAUAUAGAGGCAAGAAAAAAAAACCUUGUACAUUGUUUGAAAUGUUUUUUGUAACAGUUUUUAUUCAUGAAGCAUUUUUGUACAUUUAAAAAAAAUGGAUAUGAAAUUACUGUUCUUUGAUGCUUAGAAUACAUCCAGCAUGUUGUAAUGCCAUGCCCCUUCAUGAUUCUAGCUUGUUGGGUUUUUUAAACAUUUUUUUUUCUAAAAGAUAAGCUCAGUUUUUUUUGCUACCGAAUCAGGUUAGCCAGCAUAGAGCACUUAACUCAAAAAGAAGAAAAAAAAAAGAUAAUGCUAUUCAUAUGUUAUUCAUUGUGUGAAAUUAAAUGAAUUCAAUUCAGAA